AUACCGCGCACGCAUUGCAAGAUUGAGAGACGCGCAUUAGAUUUUGUGAAACAGUUUUUGAAACGAGAAUCUCCCUACAAAAUGGCCAGUGGAGAUAAUCCAGACCAGCCGCGCCAUCCGCGCAAUCUACAGGGUCUGCUUAAGUUUGCUAUGGAAGCAACCAAGGACGAAGACGCUCCACGCGGACAUUCCAUGGAGCGAAUGGACGAGGAGCGACGCCGAUUUCUGGAGCUUGCCCUGGGAACAGUGGCCGUCGAUAUUGCUACAGAGUUCGAAAAGGCAAUUCACAUAAUCGAGGACAAAGAUGCGACGGAUGAGGCGAAGGUCGAUGCGUUGGAAGCCGUGUUGGACUUUGUGCAGGAUGUGGAUGCGGCAAACGAUUUCUUUCAGGUCGGAGGUUUUCGAAUAAUUCGGCCAGGCGUGGAAUCGCCCAACGCAAACAUACGCAGCUGCACGCUCCGAUUGAUUGGGGAACUGACACAGCAUAACGCAUUUUGCCAGUCGAAGAUGCUGGAUAUGGACAUUCUUCCGAAAUUGAUGGAAAUGCUUUCCGACGAACCGAAGGUAGCGGAAAAUGCACUCCAUGCCAUGUCGUGUAUGAUACGGCACUGCGACCCGGCGAUAGUCGCUUUUAUGGCAAUCGGCGGCGUCGAGUGUAUUUUGCGAUGCAUGGAGGUUGGCAGCGAAAAACUGAGGGCAUGUGCUGCGUUCCUCACGACUGGCAUAGUCACAUCGCAUCCAUCUUCGCGGGACGAGUUCGUUAAGCUCAACGCGGUGGAAAUAUUUAUGGGAGUCAUCAAGCCAACCACUAAAGACUACGACCCAGAGCUGGACACCGCGCUGUACGCGCUGAAGCAUUUGAUUGAAUGCGACGAGGGCAGGCGAAGAUGCUCCUGUGAAGAAAGUUUUAAGGUGAAACUGGAUACGAUUAUCGAAUACAGCCGAGGAAACAGUGCAUGUGAGGAAAUUUCGCGAUGCUCCCGAUUCAUUCUAAAGCAAUGCUUUUCCGAUCCUAACGAUGAAAGUAAGCAAUAAACGAUUGGUUGCAUUUUGAUUGUUGUUUGUGGCGCCAAUAAACAUACUUCCGAUAC